UGUUCCAAUGACGUUGUCGAUUUGAUAAUGUUCACAUAAUUUAAUAUUCCAUUAUUUUUAUAGUUUCAUUAUGAGAAUAUUAAUUUGUCUCAAGCUUAUUGAAUUUCAGUUUUAAUGACCAAAGUUAAAUUACAAAGUAUCUUAUUUUAAUUAAUAUCAACUAUUAUAAAUGAAAUUCCAUAAUAAAUCUAUUAAAAUUGCAUGUGAAAUAGGGAAUGAAUUGAUUACAUAUUCAAGGUUUUGUAUACAUUUGGCGUGAGUAACUAGUUAAUUAUGAUAUGCCACCGUUGCCAACGGUCUCUUAAGCAUGACGAUGCUCUCAAAUAUGCAGAGUGUGAGUGCAAGUUACAUAUGAGACGCAUCAAUGUAUUGAAUAAAGAUCAUGGAGAUGUCGAUGAUCGAGGCUAUCAAUGGAAAUGUGCAGUUUGCCAAAAUGUUCCCAAAUCAAUCAUCGAACAUAACGACAGUAACGUAUUGAAAACUGUGAACGCAAUCAGCGAAAAGUUUGAACUAGUAAAUAAAAUCCAGUUGCCUAAAUUAAACAAUGACUUGAUUCAGUUAAAAACAAUCACCGAAUGGAUUAUUAAACAAAAUGAAAAUAUACUUUCAAAAAUUAAACAGAUAGAUGAUAAAGUGAACAAUGAAGAAAGAAAUAAUAGUAAUACAUCACACAGUUUACGGAGACGAAAUAUAAAUCUAGCAUCAAAAAUCAGCACUAAAACUUAUAAUAAUAAUAAUAAUUUACCAAAUUAUCCAGUUAUUGAAAAAAAUGUUCGAUAUACGCCUAAAAAAAGAUCAUACCUUUUAAAAAAAAUGUUUCACUUAAUACACAGGAGAUCAAGUAGAACUAAAAAAUCUAAAGGGAAAUAA